AUGACGACCGAACGUCCCCCCAACUACUACGCCAUCUUGGGCAUUCAGGACACGGCGACGGAGCAGCAAGUUCGAGAUGCCUACAAGCGCGCCGCCCUCAAGACGCAUCCCGACCGGGUAGCCGCCGACUCCCCCGAGCGCCCGGCGCGCACGCGCAAGUUCCAGCUCGUCAACGACGCCUACUACACCCUCUCCGACGCCCGGCGCCGCAGUUCCGCGGACCCCUUUGGCGAGGCUGACGGCGAGGCAGAGGGGGGAGGGCAAGAAGAGCCGCACAAGGCCGGCUCCGCUGGCCAAAGCGCUUACUCGUGGGCGUGGAAUUUCUUCACCAAGAAGGCUGGCGCGGGCGGCGACGGUGGCGGCGGCGGAGGCGGCGGCGACGGAGCAGACAGACAGCAGACGGAGAAUGCGCAGUUUGGCGACGUCUUCGAGGAGAUGAUGCGCGAGCAGGGCAUGGCCGAGGACGGCACCAACCGGCCGACCAAGAAGUUCUGGAGCCUGCUGGGCGGCGUCAGCGGCGGCGCCCUCGGCUUCAUCGUCGCAAACGUCCCCGGCAUGGUGGCCGGCGCCGUGGCCGGCAACCGCCUCGGCGCCGUGCGCGACGCAAAGGGCAAGAGCGUCUUUGCCGUCUUCCAGGAACUUCCCCAGGACGACCGGGCCAGGUUGCUCAGCCAACUGGCCGCCCGCGUCUUCAGCCAUGCCGUUGGCGUGUGA